UUUUAUUAUGAACGUCCAGGUGUUUUUACCGAAGCUCAGUUAAGAGAAUUACAAAAAGUUACAAUGGCUCGGAUAAUCUGUGAUAAUAGCGAUAAUUUUCAAUCUAUCUCUCAAGACGCCUUUUUAAUACCUCAAGAAAAAUUAACGCCUUGUUCGGCUAUACCAAAACUUGACCUUAUGCAAUGGCAGGAAUAA